CGGCGCCUCCGAGGUUGAUCAUCAUAUAUCAAGUAGUUUCAGGUCGGCUCUGAUGCAGAUGGAGCCUGAGGCUCUAGCUGCUCGGUAGCUGGCACAGCAUCGUGGGAGAUCUGUCCCUCGAUAGCUCAUCAACUGUCUCUGCAGGUGCAUAGAGCCCGUUCCCGCUUUUUCCCUCUUCGUUGUCGCAGUCCUCGUCGUUUUCACUCCUCGCCCAACCUCAGUACAGAUUCCUUCAUCUGUGCCGAGGAAUCAACCACAACUGCUGAUUAGUGGCAUCCCCCUCCUCAUCAUGUCACCAGAGGAAACUGCACUUCGUUUUGUGCAGGUCUUCUUGGAAUUCGAGAAUUAUUUCUUUUUUUCGGUGACUGCACUAUGUUGCUACGACUACGUCCUGACAUUGGACCGUGAAAUCAAAUUUAUAUGGAAGACCGAGCUCUCGUUUGCAACUUCACUUUACUACGCCUUCAGAUAUUCCGCGCUUUUCAAUACAAUCAUGGUAUUACUUACUAGGAUUGCAUGGCCAAGUUGGCAAUCUAAUUGGGUGGGUACCUGCGGCGUCGUCUUGCGUGUGCAAAUGGUAUUAGAUAUAAUUGUUCUGGUCAGUGCUACAAUCUUUGCAGCGUUACGGGUAUACGCCAUCUUCAGUCGCAACAAAUGGAUGUUCGGUCUGGUUUUCUUGUCCGGAAUAAUCAAUCCAGCCAUCUCCAUCUACAUUUUCAUGUUAUCCUUGCCAGGAAUUCAUGCGGUCAUGAGUUUCCAAGCGUGUUCCUUUACCAUCGUCGGCAACCGUUCAUCCUAUGAAAGUUGGAUGAUGGCUGCAAGAGCCGCCUCGCUUGUGUCUGAUGGCUUGGUACUGACGUUAACGUGCAUGAAAACCGUCCGAAUGAGAGACUCGGAAUUUAUCACAUCAUUCCUUGGGUCAUCCUUGAAGGAUAUUCUGUUGAGGGACACCGUGCUAUGCUUUGCAUUCCUCUGUGUCAUCAAUGUCAUUGGGAUUGCGACAGGUCGCUUGCCUGAGUUCAUCGAUAUUUGGCAGACUUGGACAGCAAUCCUCACUUCGGUGUUACUGUCUCGGCUAGCCCUCGACCUCCGCGAGGUCUCCGCGACUGAAUUCGAUACCGAAGGGACGUUCUAUCCCGCGCCGUAUGAUCCAGAUCUUUCUCAUGAAGAGGAGGUCGUCGUGGAGACUUCGUUUGGUGAGCUUGAUAGCGUAGUGACCGGAUUGUCGAGCUUCGCAUAUAAUGUCGCACCACUCAGCACCAAGUGACGGGUUGAGUCAAACAAAAGAGGAAAGCAUCAAGUGCAGAUUGCAUGUUCGUCCUAACAAUGUUCGUUCCACCCAAGUACUACUUCAAGAACGAGUUGUCAACAUGAAUCAGUGAUCGAGGGACUCGGGAGAGGGCAGAUGACGCACCUGCAAUUUAUAAUAUCGUGACUAUGGGCAGCUACAAUGCCGCCUAUAGAGUAAGUAGUACAUAAGCUAUAUAUUCUCCCAUAGUAUAAUCGCGACUGCAGACGUCAAACGCACAGCUCGG